UGCAUGCCCUAACUGCACGUGUUCCAAAAGGUCACGAUGACCACCCCGGCCGCCAUCGUGAAGCCCUUCGGACCAAAGGAGGCCCAGAGGAUUGUGAAUGGUCUGCAGCAGCCUGCAGUCUUUCUCAACAUGACCUGUGACUGGCCUGCUCGCCAGUGGACUGCAGACCACCUGUCUGCUUGCCUGGGUGUCAAGCUUAUCCGUUUCAGACUUGGGAGAAAAGAUGCAAAUAACGCACCUCUGUUUGAAACACAGUGUUCCUAUCUGGAGGCCAAUCUGGGACAGUUUCUCUGCUGGACCAGCGGUGGGUUGGGGGAAGAUGUAGGACCCUUCUCUGACUACCCAAAUUUGGAAUACUGGGCCUAUGCUGACUACAAGUACAUUGCUAUGCUGUUCCAAGAUCAGCCUUCCAUGUUCGAGGCUGUCAUGUGGUCCACGUUUGGUUUCACGGGCCGUAACGGGAGAGAGAGCACCUUAUGGAUCGGCACAGAGGGGGCCAACACUCCGUGUCACCUGGACACUUAUGGUUGCAAUCUUGUGCUGCAGGUAGAAGGAAGGAAGACAUGGCACCUGUUCCCUCCGGAGGACACGGCCAGCAUGUACCCAACCAGGAUCCCCUACGAGGAGUCGAGUGUCUUCAGCCAGGUAGACGUACUCCGGCCUGACCUCAGGAGAUUCCCUGCUUUUGGGAGAGCAAAGGCUCACACUGUCACCCUGCACCCUGGAGAGGUGCUGUUUGUCCCUAGGCACUGGUGGCACUACGUGGAGUCAGUGGACCCUGUCACAGUCAGCAUCAAUUCCUGGAUUGAGCUGGAAGUAGAUGAUGAGGCCAGAGUUGGUGAGGCAGUAACCAAGGCUGUUGUCUGCGCCCUGAAAACGACACCUAGCAAUGAUAACACUGAUGAGUGGCUCAACCCCACUGAGGACAGAGUGGCAUCUCAUAAUGAGAACAUGCAGUAUGUGAACCUGGCAAUGCAGGCCUGUAUGGAGAGGCGGAGGUGUUCCAGCAGCAGUGAGCAGACCCAUUGCCUUAGAGGGGCUCACCCAGUCAAGAGGGACUCAUUUGGGCAAGCGAAGAAGAGCAGUGGACUGGGGAGGGAACGUGCAUCAUUCAUUGUACCCUUUGGGCCUCAUCUGAUCCCAGUGCACUAUGAGCCCAAUGACUCACAGGAAUCAAGAAAAAUGGCCCCUAAAGAUCUAGAUAUAGAGCCCAUCUGUGCUGUCACGUCUGAGGCAGGCUUCGUAGUCCGACCUGCCACAGACUGUAGCAUCAGCCAAGAUGCACCUCAGAACAGCAGGGAAUCCUCCGUUCAUAGACUCCAACAUGGGCCACUUGCGUAUGCACCUAGCUCUUAUUCAGAUCAGUGUGUAGCAUUUGUAUCUGGAAGUGAAAUAGCCAAAAACAUUGCAAAGGGUAAUGAGACAGAGGUCACAGAUCACACUCCAAUCACCACCAAUGACCUAUUAGACUGCCUAGUACAUCCCGAUGUCAUCAGCCACAUCACCCAGCUCUUGUUGGAAAGGCAAAGGGCAGGUCACAUGACCACCACGGGGUCCUAGUAUGGAUAUUCAAGAAUAUGGA